AUGGAUGAACUUCUAGCUAAGGCAGGAUCUCAAGCUGUCACGUUCGCAAUCAAAUCUGGUGUUUCCUUGGCAUCAUCAUUUGCUAUUAAAACAAUAGCGAAUUUUGUCACCCAAAUCCCUAAAAGUGAUGCCAAAAGGAUAGAAUAUUUAAGAGCUAAAUUAGAAAAUAGGAUAGAAAUAGUCUCAUCUGCCAUUGAUCUUAUCAAGUUGGUUGCCGCAAGGGGCAAUACCAAUUUAGAGAGCACUCUUCGUUUAACAAGAGAUCUAAAAGAUGAAAUUGAUUCCUUCGACAAAAAGAUGAUAAAUUUAACUGAUAAAGUAAGGCAAUCUAAGACUGGUAAGUCUCAAGAACUUGCCAUUAAAUCUGUAGAAUCAUACAUCGAAGAUCUACUCACCAGAAUAGAGGAGGUUACACCAUUCAUUAAUUUAGCUUUGACCACUACAGGAACUCAUUUAAGCACAACAUUACCAGAACAAGUUUCACCUGGAUUAUUAUUACAAGCGUCAAAUUACGUCAUUGAAUCAAAUGCUGCAAGAUUGAAGGCCUCGAAUGUCGAGGUUCAAGUAGGUCCAUCAUUUCAGACUACUAUCUUCUCUGUAUUUUAUAAUUUAAGUCCUGGUGUAAGCUCCAAGGCUAGGAUAAUUUGGAAAGAAGAUAUGAGGAGAGCCUAUAUAAAAGUUUUGAGGAUCAAGUCAAAGACAACACCAUUCAAGUAUAAACUGAGGAUUGAACAGAGUUUCAAUGAUGAAAGAUAUCAUAAUGUUGAAGAUGGAGAAGAAGUACCACAAGUUAUUGAAUUCAACUUAGAUCAAAUUUCCAAAUUAUUCUUCAGUGUAUCAGGAAAGCUCUUACGAUUAGAAGAAAGAGAUACACCUGUGCUUGUUUUGAAAACCACCAAGCCUAAUCUGGAAGAUAAAGAUAGUCCUGAAAUAAACUGGUAUGCCUUUGGACAAUACGAUAUUUUACCACGGACCGACUCUGGAGAAAAAGAAGAAGAAGAAGAAGAAGAGGAAGAAGAAGAAGAAGAAACGAAUAAUGGAUGCCCAGCUUCCUAUUCUUGUUCUAUAUCAUUACUGGAACACAUCAUUCGACUUUCGACUUUACAAGAAAAUGACAGAAAGAGUGUCCUAGAAGUGAAUGAUGAAAGGCUUUCUAUAUAUUUAAACAAUGAAAAUCCGGUAGCUGUCACGACCACGAAGAAAGAGGUUGAUAAUGUCGCAAAACAAAUCAAGCAUCUGAACUUAAACGUACCAAGUUGA